UUUUUAGCUGACUGCACGGUAAUCCCUCGUUUAUUGGGGGGCUGAGGUACCUCUACCAUACCCAUAUAAGGACUUUCUAUACUCUUAAGUAUCCAGUCGUGUACAGUAGUACGGUACACUAGGUACGUUUGAAGACAGGAAGCUUUUAUUCAAUCACAUUUUCUUCUUUUUAUAUACAGCAUGCUCUCAAAGUCCCGCAAAUGAGAAACUAUGCACGAUAUGAGUCUGAAAAACAAAUCUGCAAUGCGCUGAAUCCGCAAUAGGUGAACGGCGAUACAGCGAGGCAACACUGUACACGCCGGUGACAUUUCGCGUAACGUCGCGCUUGCGGCCGACCGAGACGCACUUUGCGCCGGCCCUUUGGAGCGCGACCGAGGAACUUCUUCCCGGUUCUGUUUUGUUGUCCAGGCUUAGUGAGCCGGCCGGGGCUUGCCUUCGGGCAGAGACACCAAAUGGGGCUACGUUCAAAUAUUGCCGGCCGCUAGCAGUUUGCAAACUGCAUAUGUUGUCCCUUCAACGGGCGCGUGGAGAUAUUUUGAGGCACCGGCAAAUUAGCACUAUUACACAGGCUGUACGCUAACCACAUCGCAGAUAUCGACAUCGUGUCAGACAGAUGUUUCCGCUUGCUCUCCCGGUGACAGUGUUCCAAAAAACAUCACGACAAGAACAGAAAUGCGCCCGGUGGCUUUGCGAUUAGCCCGGAUAAGACGCGAGGGAGGAUGACCGCAGUUCGUAAUUGUGAAGACCACUUCAACUAAUCCGACCCCGAUUGGAAUACAUGAGAACAAUCCCGUGAGGAGGUUGAAGAACACUUUCCACUGUCGGUUCAACUGUGAACCGACUAAUGUCGUAACUCACGGGAAAAGAGCAAACGCAAGAAGCGGAUUGAAGUUCCCCAGCGAUUCAAAGCGGCGCAAUGAUAUUUCGGACAGCGGUGGAGCAUGCCAAGAAGCAUCCUGGCCUCAUCCCUCAGUUUUUCUUCAUCUGCUUGGGAAUGGGCGGUGCCAGUCUAUACCUGGUCCGACUGGCCAAAGGACCCCAUGUCACCUGGGAUAAGACCAAUAACCCCGAGCCCUGGAAUAAACUUGACCCCACGUAUCAGUACAAGUUUGUGGCCAUCACCACUGACUAUAAAAAUCUGAAGAAGGACGGACCUGAAUUCUGAACGUUCCCCACCCUGCCAGUGCGUCCGAAAUAGUCCCAUGCAAAUACUGCAACCGUUGACAAAUAUUCUUUGGAAAUGUCACUGUGCGUUUUUGCUCUCAAGCAAUCAAUAAAAAGGAACAGAUUAUUCCUCUUCAACUUUGA